GGCCUCAGUUGCUUAGAAGUGCAGCCUGUGCAAAAGGUAAAUGCAAAUACCCUUCUGAUAAUAUCACUUUAGUAGAAAAGUCUCACAAUGAACUUUUAAGUAGUGGGCAAGCAUAUGCUGUAGAAGUACUUUUAGACAUGCCUGAAUCUGAAAGAAAUUUAGAUCUAGGUAUGUUCAUGAUACAGAUUCAUAUGCUUGCUGAAAAUGGAGCUAUUCUGAAAUCAUCCCGUAGACCAGCUUUACUGCAUUAUAGGUCUCCAUUAUUCAAGAUAAUAUAUACAUUAUUUUAUGUUCCUGCAUUACUUGCUGGUUCUGUUCAAGAAAAGCAGACUAUAGUUGUUCCAUUAUUUGAGCAUUACGUGGAAGAUUCUUAUCAGCCAACACAUUUUGCUUACAUUCAUUUUGAAGCUCCGAAAAUUGAAAUAUAUUCAUGUAAACUGAGAAUUCAUGCUCAAUUUACUGGUCUAAGGUAUAUGAUGUACUAUUGGCCUAUUUUAUCAGCAAUAAUUGGCAUUGGAUUCAACUUUUGCUGGUUAUCUAUGAUAGUGAUAAUAAUUUGGCUUCGACAAUUAAUGAAUACCUCACAGUUUAUUGAUCCUUCUGCACUAAGUACGAGGGAACGUCAACAAUUGGAAGAAAUACGCCUAGCCAGCAGAAAUAGACCUCAAAACACUGAAGUGGAAAAAGCUCAGGAAACUAGUCCACAGAGAGGGACAAGAACUGGAGGAAUUUCUAGAGCAGAUCGGACUGGAAUUGAAAAUUUAUCAGCACAUUAUG